AUGAAGAGGUUAAGGAUAUCAAGAUGCACCGGGCAGCUGCUCAAUGCCCAGGCCAGGACACACGCCUCUUCGUCCUUGACGCCUAUUUCCUUUAGAACACAGCAAUUCGCCCAGAACAGCCGCAGCAGCUGCGUCAGGACACUAUCGACGACGUCAAGAUUCUCCGCCGCCGCAGCGGAAGCUACCUCCCUCCCCGAAGACCUCAACGAUGAGACCACGCCGAGACCCCUCCCGUCACCUCUCCCCGAGAAGGCACUGAGCUCGGCCAAGCUCGCCGCCCUUCACGCCCGUCUCUCCCUCCCCGAGAAGCUCCCUCUGCAGACCCUCGCGCGCUGCCUAGUCGACCCUUCGGCCGACCCGAGCCCCAACUUCAACAACGCCAACCUCGCCGUCGUCGGUGGCUCCCUCAUCAACUAUCACACCUCUGAAUGGCUCGUCUGCCACUACCCUCGCCUGCCCAUGGCUAUUCUCUACGAGGCCAUGCGUUCCUAUUCAGGUUCCGACUCGCUCUAUCGCGUCGCCAACCAGUGGGGUGUUGAGAACACUGUCCACCCAGGUGAGGAAGUUGACUCGGGUCUGCUGCAAUGGUCACAGGACCCGGCCGCGGGCAUUGUCCAUGGCCGCUGGGGUUACGUGCGCAAGGAGCACCGCCACCUCGACAAGCACAAGUGGCGCCGCGGUAUGUCAUCGCGUAUCGUGCUCGACGACGAGUUCGGUGACGUCGUGCAUGAGCAGGAGCACAACCCCAAGGAGCCACGUCCGGAUGAGACUGACCCGGCUGUCAUCCGCGAGCGCUACCAGAAGCUCCGCAACAACGCGCAUGCUGCCUUUGUGCGCGCCGUUGCAGGUGCUAUCUACACUCACUGCGGCCGCGACGCCGUGCGUUCCUUCAUCGACGCACACAUUCUGAGCCGUAAGGUCGACCUCGAGAAGCUUUUCAGCUUCAAGCUGCCCACGCGCGAACUGGCCAUGCUCUGCGCCCGUGAGGGUUUCGAGCCGCCUGUCGCUCGCCUGGAGAGCGAGACCGGUCGUCUCAGCAGAACGCCUGUCUACGUUGUCGGCAUCUACAGCGGCAACGACAAGCUCGGCGAGGGAUCCGGCGCCAGCUUGGACUUCGCGCGCCUACAGGCCUCUAUGAACGCCCUUAAGGCGUGGUACCUGUACAGCCCCGGUGCCAAGGUCCGGGUGCCGAGUGACAUGCUUGCCGAGGGAGCGAAGCCGUGGCAGCCUGUGCACAUCGAUAUGGGUGAGAUCAUCUAA